AUGAAUCCAUUCGCUUUCCGGCCCGCUCAGGUAACGAUAUGGACCACUAUCGUCUAUCUCGCUCUCCUCAUACCUAUCAUCGUCCUGAAUGAGUCUGUUCCACCGGCGCCAUCCAACCCCAGUCCUCACGCCGGCAUCAACCUCACCGAAAGCUGGCACGAUCUGGCCACCUUGACCCAGGGCUACCAUCCGUACAAUAGCCACAAGAAUGACGAGGUCCGAAACUGGCUUCUCCUACGCAUCCAGCAGAUCCUUGAUGGGAAUGACGCUGAUUGGGUCACCGAGGAGGCUAUCGGCAAGAAACCAUCAAACUAUUCAAUCAGGUCUCUUAAGCUGUCAGAGAGCCGACCGGAAGAAUCCAGCCAUAAUGUUACCGUAUUCAAUGACCUCAUGUCCAAUGUGACUCUGCGCCUUGGGGGCCUCCCGGGAUCGCACACGCCUGGAGAGGGCGAGUCCGGCAAUGCUGCUUACUUUGAGGGCACCAACGUGAUCGUCUACAUUCGCGGCUCACUCGACGAAGAAGGGGAGUGGUGGAAACGAAAACGUAACCACCUGAAACUGCCCAUCGGAAAGGGCGGGGUUUUGGUGAAUGCGCAUUACGACUCGGUCUCUACCGGCUUCGGAGCAACCGACGACGGCAUUGGCGUCGUGACCGUCCUCCAGCUGAUCAAACACUUCACGACUCCAGGCAAUCAACCCAAGCACGGCAUCGUCGCGUUACUCAACAACGGCGAGGAGGACUUUCUCUACGGGUCCCUAGCCUUUGGGAACAGCCCAUUGCUGCCCUUUGUCCACACAUUCCUCAACCUCGAGGGUGCCGGUGCUGGCGGACGUGCUACUCUUUUCCGUGGCUCGGACAGGGAGGUUAUAAGCGCCUAUGCCAAAUCGUCCAAUCCAUUCUCCACUGUCAUCAGCUCCGACAGCUUUUCCUUGGGAGCAAUCAAGAGCCAGACUGACUAUGUCAUAUUCAAUGGCGUUUAUGGGCAGAGAGGUCUCGAUAUGGCCUUCUACCGGCCGCGAGCAAGGUAUCACACCAAGGAGGACGACGUGAGACAUGCCAGUCGAGCAAGUCUCUGGCACAUGCUUUCCUCAUCCAUUGCUACACUGAAAGACCUCUCAGAUAGAACCUUCAGCGGGGAAGUAUCGGAAGAUACAGCCAGCGUUGUACCCAAUGGCAGAGGCAGCAAGGCAGUAUGGUUCGAUCUGUUUGGCAAAGGCUUUGUGCUCUUCAACUUGAGAGCCAUGUUCGCGUGGUCCUUGACACUGCUCAUCGUAACGCCACUCGUUCUCAUACUGCUGACGUAUCUGCUCCAGAAGAAGGCGAAACACUACUUCUUCUCGAACAGGGUGAACAUCUAUGAGCAGCCAAGCCCUGAUUCGGGAGACUACGAACGAGUCAAGAUCGGAGGUCUCAGAGGCAUUUUCCGUUUCCCUCUGGCAAUCAGCGUCGCCGGCGCGCUUCUCUUUGGUGCAGCGUUUCUUGUCAGGAAGUUUAAUCCUUACAUUGUUCACAGCAGCCCAUAUUCAGUUUGGGCAAUGUUCGUUUCUCUUGGCUACUUUGCCUUUUGGUGCAUAAUGAGAGGCGCACAUGUGGCGAGGCCCAGUGCUUUGCACCGGGGCUAUGUCAAUAUUUGGCUGUUUACAUUGGCAUGGGCUGUGCUAGUUGUCGUCACAGUCUUUGAAGACCGGUUUGACAUUGCAGCUGGCUAUCCUUUCGUGUUUCUCCAGUCAGCCCUGUUUUUGACGGCAGUCACCUCACUCCUCGAACUGUUCGCCCUUCCGAACAUGAAGACGUAUGGGCAGCAGCUCAGGGACGACCACGAAAACCACGACCAUCUGGAACAAGUGCCUAGUUCUGAUGCUAUAAUCACCCCGGGUCCUGACGAGGUCGACAGUGCUGAAUCCGACGAAGCAGCGGACCGUGAUUCAGGAAGGGAGCCGCCUGAUGCGACCACGCCUCUCCUUGGUAGAAGUGGCCGUGGCGAAGACUCGCAGAGAACGUUCGCGACAAGAUACCGUCGCUCAAUCGCAGCCAUAACUGACUCCGCAACCAAGAAAGGGGGCCCCGACGAUAAGCAGCCUCUUGGCGGUGAGCAACCUUGGUCCAAGAACCUCCCGUCAUGGACCUGGUUCAUACAGUUCCUGAUCCUUGGACCAUUCUUGAUCAUUCUAACGGCUCAGAAUGGCUUGUUCCUGGUGGAUGCUACCCGUCAGACAGGAAUCGAAGGCUCAGCUGCUGUGUUCCCAUACCUUCUCACUGCUAUAUUCACGAUACUACUAAUAUUGCCUCUCAUGCCCUUCAUCCAUCGCCUCACAUACCACAUCCCCCUCUUCCUCCUGUGCGUCUUCAUCGCCACGCUUGUUUACAAUCUUGUCGCCUUCCCAUUCUCGCCAGACAACAGAUACAAGGCGUUUUGGCAACAGACUGUCAACCUUGACACUGGAGAAUCUUUCGUCAAGUUGGGUGGUGUGGAAGAGUACUUGCGUCUCAUCAUCUCGGACUUGCCUUCUGCCACAGGCAAGGAUGUUACCUGUCAAAAGUCGAUCGUCAGGGCCGAUGUCUCAGACUGCGUGUACGAUGGGAGAGAUGUUGCACCGGACGUGGCCAACACUGUUCCAGAAGGCGUCCCUCCGAGUCUGGGCUACGCUAAGCUGGUGGACCUCGACGUGGCACGCACAGGGCCUGGGCAGGCCAAGUUCACAAUUAACGCAAAGAACACCAAGUCAUGCUUCCUCAAAUUCGCCCGGCCAAUUAAGAAUUUCUCUGUCGUGGGCGGCACAGACUGGGACAACCGAUUUGGGCCGAUACCCGAAGGUGGGAUCGCUCAGAUCCUCCUGUGGAGGCGGAACUGGAAUAAGACAUGGGAAGUGAAUGUUGAGUGGGACCCGACGGCCGCAGAGACGCACCAGGUCCAUGUCGAUAACGAAAAGCAAGAGGUACUCAUCUCCUCGCCUGACGAGCUGAAGCGGAGCGCAGACGGCCUGGAUGGAAACAUCACUUGUAUCUGGAGCGACCUCAACACUCCGGGAACUAUCCCCGCGCUGGACGAGGCCAUCCAGUACGCGCCUUCCUGGGCUAUAAUGACAAAGUUCGCUGCCGGUCUGGUGGAGGGCAGCAAGAGCUUCAAGGUUUGA